AUACAGAGCAGAGUACACAAUACUACUGCAAUAUUUCAUCUGAUAAUACUGUAGCCUGUACUUAAGACUCUACUACCGGUACUUUUUCAUCACUUCAGUCAGUACUUCUAAUCCUGAAACAACCACAACUGUGCUUAAAUACAGCUACUACAAUUAUAAGCUGUAGUAGUUUCACUAGUAGGAUAAUAUCCACUACUACUACUACUACUACUACUACUACUACCAACCGGUAAAACAUUAACAUGUCCACUAACACAGUAUCUGCUGCUACUACAACGUUGAUUCUGUCAUUAGCACGCCGCUACUACUACUAGUACUAGACCUCAUAGUACUACUACCAACCAGUACUACCACAAUACAAUAUAGUACUAGGCCAUCACCAGUACCACUACCAACCAGUACUAUUAUAUACUGACUACGUCCAGUGUACAGUAGUACUGGUUUCUACUGUCUCUCUACUGGUUUCUACUCUCUCCUGGUCUCUUUUGGUUUCUACAUUGUACUGGUUUCUACUGUUUUACUCUAAUGGUUUCUACUCUCUCUACUGGUCUCUACUGGUUUCUACUCUCUCUACUGGUCUCUACUGGUUUCUACUGCUUUUACUCUACUGGUUUCUAGUCUCUCUACUGUUUCUAUUCCCUACUGGUCUGUACUGGUUUCUAGUCUCUCUACUGUUUCUAUUCCCUACUGGUCUCUACUGGGUUCUAGUCUCUCUACUGUUUCUAUUCCCUACUGGUCUCUACUGGGUUCUAGUCUCUCUACUGUUUCUAUUCCCUACUGGUCUCUACUGGGUUCUAGUCUCUCUACUGUUUCUAUUCCCUACUGGUUUCUACUCUCUCUACUGGUUUCUAUUUCCUACUGGUCUCUACUCUCUCUACUGGUUUCUACUGCUUUUACUCUACUGGUUUCUACUCUCUCUACUGGUUUCUAUUCCCUACUAGUCUCUACUGGUUUCUGCUCUCUCUACUGGGUUCUAUUCCCUACUGGUCUCUACUGGUUUCUAUUCCCUAUUGGUCUCUACUGGUUUCUGCUCUCUCUACUGGUUUCUAUUCCCUACUGGUCUCUACUGGUUUCUGCUCUCUCUACUGGGUUCUAUUCCCUACUGGUCUCUACUGGAUUCUGCUCUCUCUACUGGUUUCUAUUCCCUACUGGUCUCUACUGGUUUCUAUUCCCUACUGGUCUCUACUGGUUUCUGCUCUCUCUACUGGGUUCUAUUCCCUACUGGUCUCUACUGGUUUCUGCUCUCUCUACUGGUUUCUAUUCCCUACUGGUCUCUACUGGUUUCUACUGAUCCCUCUGACACGUGGGCAGCUGUAUUAUGAGCGGAAGUCUCAAGACCCGCACACACAGGGUCUCAAGACCCUGUGUGGUUCGCGAGCACGGGCGCGUGCGCGUGGGUUCACGCGUGUCCUGCCCUCGUGCUGUGAUCCGUCGCGUGGACACACACACGCACACACACACGCACAUUGCAUCGCCCUCUCCCACGCACGCGCACGCAGACCGGGAGGAGGAGGCGGGACCUCCUGACCGACCCGUCCUCCUCCGGGAAGAAGCGGAUCGCCUCCGUGUCCGUUCACACCGCGAGGAGCCGCCGGGUGAUAAUGUGACAAAAGAAGAGGAGACAUGGAGGAGAUCUACGGUCUCUGUGCCCCGGACUGCACCACCUCCUCCUCCUCCGCCUCCUCCGCCGCCCCCCGCCGCCGCCACCUGCCCUCCCGGUACCGGUCAAUGAGAGGCAGCAACUGUAAAUCCUCCCUGUUUUUUUCUCCUCCCUUCUCUCCCUUUCUCCCCCUUUCUCCUCUAUCAUCCUCUCUCAAAAACACACUCGUCCUAUUUUAGCAGCUCUGCCUCCUUCCUCCUCCUCCUCCUCUUCUUCCUCUCUUGCCCUCCUCUCUCCUGAGUUUUGACUCCCUCUCUUCCCGCACACACACAAACACACACACAAACACACACACAAACACACACAAACACGCACACACACACUGGAAAAUGAAGCGUGGGUCGAGUGUGUUGCCGCCUCCCUCCGAUGCAGCCAAACGACACACACACGCCGCAAACUCACAACGCACGAGGACGCACGCGGCCGGCGAUGGCGCCCGCUCGCUGAGCUCGCACCGCGCCGAACAGGACGCACACGCCGCGGGUUCGAGUCCCUUCCCGGCAGCCACUUCCCUCUUCAGCCCGGAUGUCGGCACCAAGAUGGCGUCCGACCUCCUCAUCCGGCUGUCAGAGGCCACCCAGAAGGCCCAGAUGCAUCCUGGGAGACUCGCAGAGGCGGAGCCUCAGCGGCGCGACGCCCUGCCGGAGGGGCGCGGCGGGCAGCAGGACGAGCCGGGCCUUGCUCUCUCGCCGGACGGCCCGGGGGCGAGUCCCGAGCCGCCGUCGCUCUCACACACGCCCGACGGAAACGCCGCCACCGACACGCUGGCCUCAGAUCUGCUGAGGAAACUGGCAGAGCGUCAGGAAGUGAGCGUCCAUGCGGUGAAGGUCAAAGAAGAAGAAGAGCCGAUGCAAGUCGACACAUUGGUGACCUCUGACCUCGCUCGAGAUCGAAAGGAGACCUCCCUAAAGACGGCGGGCCACCGCGUCUUCAGCAUUAAAGCGGAAGACCAGGCUGUUAAUGGCAUAAAGGGGGCGGAGCAGCUUCACCCCAGAGACAAGAUGGCGGACGGGCGCCUUCGUUGGCCCGGACCAAAGACGCCUCACGGCGUCGUCUCCGGGCCCAACGGCCUACAGUUCCGGGUGAAGGUGGAGGAUCGUGGCGUCUCUGGAACCAAGAUGGAGGACCAGCUUCUCUUUCAAGCCAAAAUCGCAGAGCGACCUUUCUCCGCCGCCAACGCCAGCAACAAGUUGCUCUCUGGGGUCAAGGAGGAGCCCGCUGCCGCGAGGCUGGACCGCGCCUCCUCGGGAGCGAAGGCGGAGGACCAGUUCCCCCCCGGAGCCAAGAUGGCCGACCAGUGCCUGAGGGCCGCGCUGUGGCAGGACAUGUCGGUGAACCUGGCGUCCACGCUGCUGCACCAGCUCUCAGAGCGAGUCAGCAAAGCCAACACGCGGCCGGAGGCGAGGACGCCGCCGCCGCCGCUGCCGCCGCCCGCCACAAGCAGCCCUGUACUGAAGGCGACUGUGGACGCACUCUGCUCCUCCCAAGACCCUCCUCAUGAAACGGAAAGCAGCCUCGGCGGGGAUCGGCCCACCGGCUGCUCCUACUUCUACAGGUGUCACGUGUGCGGCUUUGAGACGGACGGCCGCGGCCUUUUCCAGAGUCACAUGACGGACCACCGGCGAUGGGAGCGCGGCUCCUUCUCGCUGCGCUGCUGCGUGUGCGACCACUCGACCAAUCAGGAGGCAGAGAUGAGGGCUCACGCCGUCACGCACACGCAGAGGAACACGGGAGCCGACGGAGCGCCGAGAUGCCCCGUCACCUCUCCCGCCGCCUCCGGCAGCACACCGUCAGUUGCCGUGGCAACCCAGUUAGAGAACAGCACCUCGGAGCAUCGCUGCCGCAUCUGCCAGAGGUCGUUUCCAGGGCAACAGGAGCUGCAGGUCCACUUCCAGGGUCAUCGCCACGGCAACCAGUACCGGUGCGACCGGUGCGGCCACCUGACGCGGACAGCCAACAAGCUGGUGGAGCACGUGCGCGUGCACACGGGGGAGCGCCCGUUCACCUGCGACCUUUGCCCCUACAGCGCCAAGAGGCGGGACAGUCUGCGCCUCCACUGCAAGGUCAAACACCCCGGCGACGUGCACACGCACCGGUCGUACGUGCACAGAGACAACCAGCGCUCCAACAAACACGUGCAGCGGCUGCACACACCGGCGAACACACACACCGCUGCAGCCUCCGCCCUCCCUCCUCUCCAUCCCUCGCUCUGUGACCGGGCAGGGUGGAGGGAUCUGUCUCCUCUCCUCCCCAUCACCACGCUCAUCUCUCUGAAGCCACGCCCCCUUUCCUCCUCCUCCUCCUCCUCCUCCUCCUCCUCCGCCUCCUCCGCCAAACACUCCUUCCUCGGUUACCUCGGUCUGACGACUCCUUUGUAAAUGCUUUUUUUCUAUUCCUUCCCUCCUCACCUCCUCUCCUUUCCUCUCUCCUCUUCUUCUUCUCUACUCGGUCCCUCUUCCUCUCCUCUCAUUUCCU